AUGGUGAAAUAUUUUGUGAUGUUGGCAACGAUUGUUGCAUUCGCGCAAGCUCUCGACUCCAGUGAAACGGGCAUCGAUGUGAAGAUCAACGUGGAGAAGAAUUCCAACUCGUACUUAAGCGGACGGCUAUCACAAGGAUCGUUCGAGUAUGGACUGAACGUGGACAAGAAGAAGGACAACCAUUUCCAGCACAAAGUCAAGGGUCCGGAUGAUGUUACGUACGGUUGCUAUGGGUUCGUCGAUCCGGACGGUAAGCCGCAUCUCGUGCACUACGUAUCGGAUCUCAAAGGAUACCGCGUCAUACCUCCGGAUUCCGCCACCAAGAUCUACGUCGCACGGCUCGAGGGCAGCAUAAACAACGUGUAUCAGGCAUCGCAGGAGAAGAACGUCCAGUGGAAGGAUCUGUUCUUCCCGCCGGCCUGUAAGCAAGCGUUGCACGAAACGGAGCUAGACAUCACACCGGCACCCAUUACCACACCUCGUCCAUCUGUCCCAAAACAGCGCGUGACACCGCCCCCCUCGCCCCCAACACCGUCAUCCACAACACCUGAACCUGAAGAGGAAACUCCAUCCACCACCCCACGUCGUCCAUCUCCGCUGCCUCCACCAAACGUGAUACCAACCGAUCCAGAGCCCAAGCCCAGCGAUAUGUGUCCGUCGGUUGUGCAGCCCCCACCUGCCCAGCCCGCCUGCUCGGAGGUAUGCGACGAGCUGAAGAAAGAAAUGGAAGAAAUUAAGGCGAAGCUCAAUGAGCUGCUCGAUACGCUGGCGGAAAAGCCGAAGAGUGGAGCAGAUGGUAACGGAACCAAGUUUGCCUAUUUCCCGGUCAUGCUGAGCGAUGGGCUGCCGGACGGAGUUGAUGCAAGUUCUUCCAAGUUUGCCUUCCCAGCAAUUCCGCAACAGUGCGGUAAUCAGUAA